CAGCUCAUCGCGUCUAACACUCGGCUGUGCGAAUUCUUUGAACUAGGCGCUUAAAAAGCACUGCCACUCGAUCCGUACCCUCAUACGCCGUGCAUUCAUCGCGCCUCGUGGACGUGCCGUGUGUGUGUGGCCGAAAGCAGCCUAUAACCCUUACCCAAUCCAUACCGAACGAGCCUGAACGUAUCCUUAGUUGCUGGAUACGAAACGAACUCUUGUGUGCCCGUGUGAAUUUCGGUGUUUUUGUGCCCAACGAAACGAACCAAAGUGCGUGAAUUUUUUCAUCCGUUUCAUCUUGGAUUUCCCCCAGUUGUUUGGUUGCUACACAAUCCUUAAAGAUGACGCCCAACAUAAUAGGCAGCACCUUCAUACUGGCCGAGACGGCCAUUGCUGAUGGCAACAACAACAAGAUGGCCGCCGCACCCGCUGCCUCAGCAGCGACGACACCGAAGGCCGUGAAGCAGGCGCCCGCCAAGAAGGCGGAGCAGCCCGUGGCCGCCGCCGCCGUCGCUGAGGGUGAGGCUGCCAAGAAGCCCUUCCAAAUGGAGAUUGUCUGGCGCAACGUUGGCCUCUUCGUUGUCCUGCACUCGAUGGCCCUUUACGGUCUCUACCUGGUCUUUGCCGAGCGGGCGUACAUGGAGCUCUUGCCAGUGUACGCGACCAUGUUCCUGGGCGGUCUGGGCAUCACGGCCGGAGUCCAUCGUCUGUGGUCGCACAAGGCCUACAAGGCCAAGCUGCCGCUGCGCAUCUUCCUGAUGCUGUGCCAGUCGCUGGCCUUCCAGAACAGCAUCUGGGAGUGGACCCGCGACCAUCGUGUGCACCACAAGUUCACUGACACACACGCCGAUCCCCACAACUCCCGACGCGGCUUCUUCUUCGCCCACAUGGGCUGGCUGAUGUGCAAGAAGCACCCGGACGUGACCAGCAAGGGCAAGCAGAUCUCGAUGGCCGAUAUUGAGCAGGAUCCCGUGGUGGUCUUCCAGAAGAAAUUCUACUUUGUGGUUAUGCCCAUCUGCUGCUUCGUCGUGCCCAUGAUAUUCCCCUACUACUUUAUGGGCAGCUCGCUGCGCGUCUGCUUCUUCACCUGCUCGAUGCUGCGCUUCUGUCUGUCGCUGCACUUCACCUGGCUGGUGAACAGCGCCGCCCACUUCUACGGCAUGAAGGCCUACGACGUGAACGUCAGUGCGCGGAACAACAAGCUGGUGUCGACACUCACCAUCGGCGAGGGCUGGCACAACUACCACCACGUCUUCCCCUGGGACUACAAAGCAGCCGAGCUGGGCACCUACAGCUUCAACUGGACCACUGCCUUCAUUGAUGUGAUGGCCAGAAUCGGUCAGGCCUAUGAUCUGAAGUUCGUCUCACAGGAGAUGGUGUACAAGCGUGCGCUGCGCACCGGCGACGGCUCCCACAUUGCCGCCCUCAUGGAUGCCAACAACAACAAUGCCAUUCCCACUAGCGAGCUGGUGGCCCAUUUGGAUCACGAGAAGGAGGAGCACGCCAUCUGGGGCUGGGAUGACAACGAUAUUAGCGAGGAGGACCGCAAGGGCGCCAACGUUGUGAAUAAGGAGUCCGACUGCAAGCUAGACUAAGCUGGGGGGCGGCGGCGCCCUGCGUCAGCAGUUACCAAUCCUAACUAAGCGAACGAACAUAUUUCUUGUUUAACAAUCGGGUCUGCAGUAUUUAAUAGUAGCAAUUAGUUAAUGCUCUGCCCCAUACUGCCUACUCAUAAGUGGUGUCUGUUAAUACGAGUAUGGGAAAGUCCGAGCAGGGGAGCGACGGGAGGCGAGGGACAGACCCGAUUGCAAAAUUUUAGAAGGGUUCCACAAGCAACAAGCAACAUGCAACAGGCAACAACCAACGUCUUACAAAUCAAUGGCUUCAAUUCCAAAUACAAAACUAAAAGAUGAAGAAGGAAAAACUAUUCGAGAUUAGUCAAAAGCAAACAUUAGUAGUGCAAAACAAACAAAACAAAACAAAACAAAAAACAAAAUUGUUAACAAGAAUUCUGCACUUUUAUUAAUUUUUUACACAACCUUAUCUCGCACUUGUCGUUCAAGGCUGAACGCAUCUGCCACCCCCUCUCUCUAUCACUAUAUCUACAUAUAAAUAAUUGUAUAUUUACGCAAGAGGUUCUAGCAUUAAGUGUACCCACUAAGACACCUACUCUAAGCAUCGACUUUUAUGCGUUUGUACAUUGUGUUAGUCAUUUAGGUCAAAAGCUGUACAUUUCAAUCCAACGAUUCCAGUUGCGAAAAUUCUACAAACAAAAAUUAUAUAAAAACUUACAAAA